GGGUACCGACGGUGGGCGAGGGGGAAUAAACUAAAAUGAGGUGAAACCAACUGCAGGGGCGGAGCCCUGCAGGGCGCACCACCGAGAGGCCCGCGACUUCGCUUCCUAGAACGGCGCCGGAAGGGGCGGGGCCAGCGGCGGGCCUUUCCGGCCGGCGCAGAGGCGCGGCUACUCGACUGAGAAGAUUCCCGGUGCUCAUCGCUGGCAGCUGGGGGUGCGGCUGGCCUUGAUGAGGACGCGUCCCUUCCGGCCCAGGGACCCUGCGAGGAGCGCACCCGCCCCGAUCUCCAUGCGGGAACUCACUGGGUCCCUCUGGCGUCGUGUGGACCCCCCACCCAGGGCAUCGGCCACCGCUCUCUCGGCUCCCUGGUUCCGCGGGGACAAGGGCGAGGUGCGCGAGGACUAGCUCCGUGCGAAUCGAGGUGAAGGAGACCUCGGCCCUGCACCCGCGGCUGGCCAGGCUGUCAGGGCCCCUCUUCUCGGCUUCGACACCGCUGCGGGCCUUCUGACAGGCCCAGGGCCUACAGACUGCUUGGGUGCAUGUUUGCCCUUGGAUCUUAAACCCAUUAGUAAUCCCAUCUCUCACUGAGACCCUGGCUUCCGAGGGCGAUUGAGGUUACCAGGGAGUCCUGCUGCAGUUAGAUACCCAAAGUUUCAUGUUACAAGCGGCCUCGCCCGGAGAGUGAAGGAGCUACACUGAAGUGGCAGAGCACGUACCUUUAGGUCAGGGCUGUGGUCUACUCUGGCAAGCCUCAGAAGGGUCGCUGGUGCUCUUCUGUUGCAGAACUUCAAUUCCAAGCUUGGAAAAAUAAAGUCCUUUCUGAAGAAGUGAAUUUACAAGGGAAUUUGUAGGCUGGAGGAUUUUGCCCCUGGCCAUUCUCCUUGACCCUUGCCAGCUUCCAGGGGGCCUUCCUCUACCCUGGAAACAAGGAUGGAGAAGCCCACAGGCAAGAAAAAUAAGACCCGGACCCCAGAGGCAGAAGUGCACAUGCAGAAGGACACUGCCAAAGAAGAGAAGGCAUCUGGGAAAGAACAGCCAAACCAGAGCCCCACUUUGGCCCAAAAGCACAGGAAGGAAGCCCGCCUCAGUCCUGAGAAUGAGAAACACAUGUUUGAGGCCUUUGAUGCUUCACUUAAAGAUGACUUUGAAGGAGUUCCCCUGUUCACUCCCUUCCAGAGGAAGAAGCCCUACGAAUGUAGCGAAUGUGAGAGCCUCUUUAAGCACAAGAUGGAUUAUGUUCGUCAUAGAGUCCACACUGGAGAGAAGCCCUUCCAGUGUGCCCGGUGCAGGAAGAUAUUCAGGCACAGCUCUGAUGUGACAAAGCACUGGAGGAUUCACCCCAGAGAAGAGCCCUUUAAAUGUAGUGAGUGUGGCAAAGCCUUUAACUGCAGUUCCAAUCUCCUGAAACAACAGAAAACCCAUACCGGAGAGAAGCCAUACAGAUGUAAGAAGUAUGGAAAGAACUUUGCCUACAGUUCAUGUCUCAUUCGCCAUCUGAAACAUCACCCAUGGAAGAAGCAUUGAACGUGGGGAAGCCACCCACCAGACUCGGAACUUUGUGCCUGUGAGAACAUCCUGGCAGGCCUGCCUGGGGGUCCUUUUCCUCUGGAGUCUGAGUGGGCGGCGGGGGCUCCUGCCCUCACCAGAAGACCCACCCGAACCAGGUCAGCAAACACCCAAGCCAUACAGAGAAUCUCCAGGUUGAGACAUCAUGAUAACAAGCAUGCAAACUGCUGUCCAGAUGGCAGGCUUGGACCCAAGCACAGCCCAGCACCUCCCACUGCUGCCUCACCUGUGGCACCCAUGCUGGCCUCAGCCCUCCCACGGGCUCCUUUGAAGAGUGGUCUGCAGACCCUUUGCCCCCUGUGUCCCAAGUCCAUCUCCAUGCAGCCUGGCAGGAGGCCUGUGUCCCUGGGCUGGACAGCAGUGCUUCUGCAGUGAGCACUGGGAACUCCACUGUGCCCCCCACCUCGGCUGGCUGUGCCGGCAGUGAUGUGCUUUGUCCCGUGCCUUCCCUCCUCUGCUGGAGCGCCAUUCCUUAACCUUGGCCCCCAUCCCCAGGAACUGGACUCCCUCUGUGUCCUCCCGGCUCAACCACCAUCCCAGCUGGGCAGCCUGGCUUUCCAGGUGGACCACUCGGGACACUAAAUGCUGCCACCAUGGGCGCUUCCUGCCCUGGCCAUGUCAGCCCCAGGAUGUUGAUGGCAGCUUGGAUCCAGCUUUUGCCUACAUUGCAGCUUUUCAGACACAAGACAGAAGGCCAGCUCUCUGUUCAGGGCCAACGAUGGGUUGCCAGAAAUGGACUGAUGGAUGGAGAUCAUGCUGGCAAAUACCUUCCUCCGGGUUGUGCCCCAGAAGUUCUCCAGCAGCUCACAGACAGCAGGUGAGUUUUAAUGUCACCAGUUUGUUAGAAGAGAAGAAACACUCUAAUCUGAUGUCUUUGAUUUCCAAAGAGGAGGCGGAUGCAAAGAGCAUGGUCUGUUGAGCCAGGGUUGCUGACGCACCCUCGUGCCUUGGAGACAUGGGGCCUCGGCCGGUCCUCACCUCCCUGUGCCUCCAGUCCCCAGAGGUGACACUGGGGCACUGAUGGUGCUCAGCCUGGUCACUGCCUGUGUGUAACCUCGUGCCACACGGACCCCCAGUUUAGCCACUGUCACCUCUGGUCACAUGUUAGUGUCCUUAGUGGGCAGACAUUGGCCCACAGGCAUGAGAGGUGGCCAUGCAAGCAGACAGCCUUCAGUGCCUCUCCCAGGAAAACAAGAGAGACACGAGAAAACAAUCACGCAGCUCGUCUGCAAUCAGCCACCGGCUCUUCUGCCGCCUGGUGUUUGGUGCAAAUUGAUGGUCUCAUUUCUCAUUUCUAGUGAGUUAACCAUUACGACACCACACCGCCUCCAAGCACUGAACCCCACACCCUUCAGAUAUCAAUCUGUUUUGAUGGUUUUGUUGGCUGCUGCUCUUCAAAUGAAACUCAAAUUCCAGAAAAAGAAAACCUUCUAAGUAACCUGAGUCAAAGAAAAAACCAUAAUGAAAGUUAUAAAAUACUUAAACCUGAAUGAUAAUGAAAAUACAGCUUGCAGGAACCCAUGCCUCUGUGGUCAGUUAAUCUACGACAAAGGAGGAAGACUGUACAAUGAAGAAAGACAGUCUCUUCAGUAAGUGGUGCUGGGAAAACUGGACUGCCACAUGGAAAUCAAUGAAAUUAGAACAUUCUCUAACACCAUACACAAAAAUAAACUCAAAAUGGAUAAAAGACUUACAUGUAAGACCAGAUAGUAUAAACUCCUUAGAGGAAAACAGGCAGAACACUUUUUGACAUAAACUUGCAACGAUAUCUUUUUGGAUCCACCUCCUAAAGUAAUAAAAAUAAAAACAAAAAUAAACAGAUGGGACCUAAUCAAACAAAAGUU